CUAGGCGCCACUGGUCGCCACGGCGACGACGCGAGGAGGCUAGUAUGCGUGCGCGGUGGGCGCACAGCAGUCACGUGUUGCUAAGAUGGCGGCCUCCGGAGCGGUGGAGGAGAUGAGGAGCCGCGUGGUGCUCGGAGAAUUCGGGGUCCGAAACGUUCAUACCACGGACUUUCCGGGAAAUUACUGCGGCUACGAUGAUACAUGGGACCAGAGCCGCUUCGAGAAGGAAUUCCGCGUGGAUGUGGUGCACAUGGAUGAAAACUCUUUGGAAUUUGACAUGGUUGGAAUUGAUGCUGCCGUUGCCAACGCCUUUCGGAGGAUCUUAUUAGCCGAGGUUCCAACCAUGGCUGUGGAAAAAGUCUUUGUGUACAACAAUACAUCCAUUGUGCAGGAUGAGAUACUGGCCCAUCGUUUGGGUCUCAUUCCCAUUCGUGCUGAUCCUCGGCUUUUUGAGUACCGAAACCAAGGUGAUGAAGAUGGGACUGAGAUAGACACAUUGCAGUUUCAGCUGAAGGUCAAGUGUACCCGUAAUCCUCAAGCUGCCAAAGACUCCUCUGAUCCCAACGAACUUUAUCUCAAUCACAAAGUAUACACAAAACACAUGACAUGGAUACCCCUGGGAAACCAAGCAGAUGUUUUCCCAGAGGGCACCAUUCGUCCUGUGCAUGAUGACAUCCUCAUUGCUCAGCUGCGUCCUGGCCAAGAGCUUGACCUACUCAUGCAUUGCGUCAAAGGCAUUGGCAAAGACCAUGCAAAAUUUUCUCCUGUAGCCACUGCCAGUUAUAGAUUGUUGCCAGAUAUCACUCUACUUCAGCCAGUAGAGGGGGAAGCAGCUGAGGAGCUGAGUCAGUGCUUUUCACCUGGCGUCAUUCAGGUGCAAGAUGUCAAAGGAAGAAAAGUAGCCACAGUUGCCAACCCCCGUCUGGAUACCUUCAGCCGAGAGAUCUUUCGGCAUGAAAACCUUAAGAAGUUGGUUCGGCUGGCCCGAGUACGGGAUCACUACAUAUUCUCAGUGGAAUCAACAGGUGUCUUGCCACCUGAGGUCCUGGUGAGUGAAGCCAUCAAAGUUCUAAUGGGAAAAUGUCGGCGCUUCAUGGAUGAAUUGGAUUCAGUUCAGAUGGACUGAAUUAUCUUGGUUCAACACGUGGCUGGCAAGAUGGUUCACUUUGUGGGGAUACCCCACUCUAUCCACAAACUCUGGGAAUUGUCCCAUGAUUCCUAAAUAGGCUGGCUCCCUAAAAGACUACUGAAAGAACAUCAGUGGGCAUGGGGGUUGGAGCUGUUUGCAACAGUAUCUGGCUUAUAGAGUGCAUUCCCCAAGGCAGUGGGUAAAGGGGAGGAAGGACAACAGCAUAAAGAACAGCCUUGAAGUUCCAUGUGUAGUAGUAGUAUAUACUAUGAGAAAGGCAGCUUGUAUAUUAAAUUUGUGUAUCAAACUCAGAUUUUUUACUGACAUGCAGAAAUGUGCCUCAGAGUUAAUGUUUCUACAAAAAGGCUCUAAAAACAAUUUAAAAAAACUAGCAUGAAAUCACAAGAUGUUAAAAAAUAUCACCACACAAUAAAUACAACUGUUCCCUUCA